AUGUCAGCAUGCCAGACAGAGGUGAAGAUUUGUGAGCCAGGAGGAAGUGGAAUCCUCCUUCCGCUUUUCGGGGACGAAGAGCAGGAAUGGCGCAAAGGAUUGAGAGCGGUUCUCUAUCUGCUUGGCUUGCUCUGGUUGUUCAUGGCCGUCGCGACAGUUUCUGACAUCUUCAUGGGUGCCAUUGAAGAGAUCACAUCGAAGAAGAAGAGAGUCCUGAACGCUGCAACGGGCAGACACUUCACCGUGAAGGUUUGGAACGAUACCGUGGCGAACCUGACACUCAUGGCUCUGGGGUCAAGUGCACCAGAAAUCCUCUUGUCAGUAAUCGAGCUGCUCGGGAACAGCUUCUACAGUGGAGAUCUCGGGCCAUCUACCAUAGUAGGCAGUGCUGCCUUCAACCUCUUCUGCAUCUCGGGGGUGUGCGUGAUGGCCAUUCCGGACAAUGAGGUGAGGUAUAUCAAGGACACGAAUGUUUACCUCGUUACAGCAGUCAUUUCAUUGCUUGCGUACCUAUGGCUCUACCUCGUGGUGUCCGUGAUCUCGGAGGACAUGGUGGACAUUUUUGAAGGCAUUCUCACCUUCCUCUACUUUCCCAUGCUCGUCGCGAUCGCCUUCGCUGCCGACAAAGGCUACAUCACCUUUAUCAGGCGCACAAACUCUGAUCUGCACAUUGUGCAGAAGGGGAAGCUUGAGCUGACUGAUGAAGACCUGGCGCGAAUGAGCAAGGCAGAUGGAAUGCAGCUCUCCGAUGAAGAGCUCGCCAAGUAUAUUGGCACGGAGUCGCAGAGAAUGUCCAAGGCAGCCUAUCGCAAGCGGGCCCACGAUCAAGUCUACCAUGGCAAGCCUGCAGAAGUUGGAAAGCAAAGGAAUCAGAACUUCUCCGCCGUGGUGCCCGCGGAAGAACCUCCGCUGCCAGCUUCAGGUGCUUAUGUUGCUCCACCGGCUCCCUCAGCCACGGUUCUCUUUGGUGGUGAGAAUUUCGCUGUGCUCGAGACGGUUGGCUUGAUCAAAGUGCCCGUGCGGCGAACCGGAAACUUGUCGCUGUCCGUGUCCGUGGACUAUUCAUGCAGAGAUGGCCUCGCGAGAAAAGGUGAAGACUACGAGGCAGCUGAAGGCACAUUGACCUUCCUGCCACAGGAGGCCGAGAAGACGAUCGAUAUCAAGAUCUGGAAGGAUGAUAUUCCAGAGGACAGCGAAGACUUCUUCGUGGAUCUCACAAAUGUGAGAUGUGCUUCGAAGGAUGGCUUUGCAGUCCUCGGGCCAGUCAUAACUGCAAGGGUCGUCAUCGUCGACACUGACAAGCCCAGCAUCAUCUACACGGAUGACGAUGUGGUGCAGGUUGAUGAGGUCUCAAAGGACAAAGAAGUUCACAUGACCGUCAGGCGUCGCGACGGCUGCGGAGUCGUGUCAUGUAAGUAUGCGACAGAGGAUGGCAGCGCUGUGGAAGGUCGUGACUAUGCCCGAGCCGAGGGUGUCAUCACCUUUGGGCAGCAGGAGUUUAGCGCGGAGAUUGCCAUCUCCAUCCUGAACUCGGCCACCUUUGAGGACAAAGAGGACUUCCGGCUCAUAUUGUCGGAUGCAAGUGGACGUGCAGGCUUCGAUCCUAAUACGGAUGGGGGAGCCGACAGCUGCAUCGUCACCUUCGUACUCACACCUGAGGAGGUAUCCAAGAACCUCGCCCACAGAACUAUGCGGGCUCUGGGAGUGAAUUGGCAAAAAACGCAGAAGGGUCACGAGAACUGGAAGGAUCAGUUCAUCAAUGCCCUGCUGGUCAAUGGUGGUGACGAUGAGGCCGGUCCCCCCUCUGGCUUUCAGUGGGCGUUGCACCUUCUGACGAUGCCGUGGAAGCUGCUCUUUGCCAUUAUUCCGCCGGUCGACUACUGUGGUGGCUGGCUGUGCUUCUACUUCUCGCUGAUGUUCAUUGGGUUGGUGACAGCGCUUAUCAGCGAUCUAGCUGGGCUUGUGGGCUGUGUUCUCGACAUGCCGGACUUCGUUACGGCAAUCACGUUGGUUGCUUUAGGCACCUCCUUGCCGGACACAUUUGCAUCCAAAGCCGCCGCAGAGCAGGAUCCUUAUGCCGAUGCCUCGAUCGGCAACGUGACCGGCAGUAACUCGGUCAAUGUGUUUCUCGGACUCGGCCUCCCUUGGACGAUUGGCUCCUGCUACUGGGCCUCCGUUGGUCGCAGCGCGGAGUGGCAGAAGAAGUACGAGUCCGAGGCCAACUUCGACCUCUGGAACACGGGCGGUGGUAAAUUCAUCGUUAUAGGUGGAGAUUUGGGCUACAGCGUGGUGAUCUUCAGUGUCGGGGCGCUCUUUUGCAUGUUCAUCUUGUUCCUGCGACGGAAGGCUUUUGGUGGGGAGCUUGGUGGCCCAAGAGUCUUCAAACGCAUCACAAGCGUGAUCUUGGUGAUGGUUUGGUGCAUGUAUGUUGUGUUAUCCUCCGUCAAGUCACUGGAAUCCGCUGCAGCUUCAACUUGCGGAUGA